AGUGGGUUUGAAUCAAGAGUGAUGAGUGAAGUUUUUGAGCCUCUUCGCCUCUCUUUUUCUCUUCCAUGGCCGCCGCAAUCACCACCCCCAAACGCCCUUGUUCUUUGAUUUUCUCACUUGAUUUCCUUGAAAGAAAAUGAUCUCCAUCUUGUUAGCUUGCUUUCUAUGGUUUUUGUUUUUCAUUUAGUGAAUCUUGGGCAAGAAUCCAAGCUUAGUUUUGCUUAGGGUUUUGUAAAAGUUCUUCCCAACAUCUUAGCAAUUAUGAGUUUUCCUUAAUUUCAUGAAACCACUGAUCGACGUCCCGCAUGACAUGAGUUUUCCUUUCCGGGGAGAACUGAGCGAUCUUCCAGAUAAGAUUCUUCACGAAAUUGUCUCACAUUUGCCUUCUAAAGAUGCAGUGAAGUGUCGCAUUCUUUCUCGAAAAUGGCAACAAAUUUCGAAAUAUUCACGGAAUCUCGACUUUGAUAGCCAGCGUGAAUUGGACGCAAAUCUUGACUUGAGAAUGUCAUUCCUCCAAUUCGUUCAUUGGGUUUUCAUUUUCAACGAGGCUGAAACGAUCGAGCGAUUCCACCUCCGAUGUCAUGAGAAAAAUGUCCCGGAAGAGCAACGUGUCAAAGAAAGCCACUUCCAUAUGUGGAUCAAUAGCGCCGUAUCAAAGAAGGUCAAGAAGGUGGAGCUUAAUGAAGGUGCCCUAAUGAUAUCAACCUGGACAUUAAGAGCUCUGUGCGGGUCAAGGUUGGGUUUUCAUGGAAGAUAAAUUGUGGUAUGGGAAAGGUCUUCCAAGCUCUUUGCAAGGUUGAACGUCUCUCAAUUUCAUCCAUCACAGUUCAGUGUCUAGUGGAUCAUUCCCAUAGAGAUAUUCCAAGGAGCUUCGACAAUUUACUCGAAUUAGAGAUUUCAUUCAAAGACUCUCACUGGAAUUUGUUACUAAAACUGCUUCAACGCAGUCCUAAGCUUGAACGCCUUGUGAUUCAUAAGGAAUCAAAUUCAUCCGCCACACCAAAGUUGAAAAAACUUCCUGCGUUACCUUUGGUUCUCAAAGUAUUUGCAUUUAAUAAUUGCGAAGGUUCGGAAGAUGACUUGGGCUUCAUAGAAUGCAUGCUUCAAAAUGCAGAAGGGUUAGAGAGGAUGAGAAUUGAUUUUGCGAGUUCAACAGAUUCACAUACACAAAACCAAACUGCUGAAAAAGUAUCUUCCUUUUCAAGGAGGUCUACAAAUUGUCAGCUCAAGUUCAAUCAUAUACCAUAGGAAAGUUGAGGUGCUAUUGUGGUUUGUGAGAGCAAUGUUCUAGUUUUGGUGGAACUACAGAACCACUUGUUUGUUUAAGCCGUUGUGGACGUGAAGUUUUUUUGGCAUUGUUGGAAUUACUUGUUUAGUUCAGACCUUUGGUAUUAGGAAUGUUUAGAUGAAAAAAUUACUCAUAGGAUAUUGUUUGCACGGUUUACUUUUUUGAACAGGAGAAUUCAUUGAUAUUGCAUUGCAACUCAAAUAGAUCAGAAGUUCAGAACAAUCCUCUGAUCAUAGGAAACUACUCGACAUUAUUAAUCAGUACAGCCUAAAGAGUUGUUUACACGGUUUA